AGUGGUGGGGGCGGGGCCAUCAGAGUCCUCGGCACUGGAGGGGCCAUGGGGGACGGGCACGUGAGGAGAUGGGGGUGGGCACUGUGGUUGGGGGUUUCUGGAGCCAGCCCGGUCCCCACAGCCCUCAAGGACGACCCCGAUGCUGCUCUGAGUGGGGACAGCCGAGGCGCCAGUGCUGGGGCAGGGUCACGGUCCUGGUCUCCCACGUGCAGUGACCUCCAUGCUGCCUCCUUCCCCGCAGCCCUGCAGCUGUGGCAGGCGCGUGCACAAGCGCAGAGCAGCGAGAGCCCAGGUCCUGGCGGGGAGGCCUCUCCCGGGGCAGACAGUGGCUGCGCUGGAGCCCGUGGCAGCGCGGCCCUUCCCGCCGCAGCCCUGCUGCAGCCGGAGGUGACGCCGGAGGAGCAGGCCCCGGGGGCUCCGGGCAGGACAAGUCCCUCGUGUCGUCCCGACUGGCACCGGGGACGCUGCCAAGGCGCGGCGGGCGCCACGUAUCACCCAGCCGCCGCAGGAGGAGCCGGUGCAGCGCGGGAGAUGCGGGGGCAGGCGGUGAUGCAGGCCAUGCAACCCCCGUCUGGGGCCGGUUCCCCCAGAGACCCCCCAGCCGGGGCCGGGGCCGAGCUCCCCGGCCCAGAGCCCUGGCGCCAGCGCUUCCGGGGCCUGCGCUACCGGGACGCCCCGGGGCUGCGGGAGGUGUGCCGGCGCCUGCAGGAGCUGUGCCGGGGCUGGCUGGAGCCCCAGCGCCGCAGCAAGGAGCAGGUGCUGGAGCUGGUGGUGCUGGAGCAGUUCCUGGCCAUCCUGCCCCCGGGCAUGCGGAGCUGGGAGUGGGGGCGCAGCGUGCAGACCUGCGCCCAGGCCGUGGCCCUGGCCGAGGGGUUUCAGCGGGGGCUGGAGGAGGACCAGACGCUCCAGAAGACUGUUCCCACCUCCAUGUGGUUGCGCGGUGUUGCCUCCCAGCCCCACCUCUCCCAGAUCCUGGCUCUCCACUGACAGUUUUCUCUCAUUCCUAGAUCAUGAGUGUGAAAGUCAAGGAGGUGUCCACAGACGAGGUGUAGCCCUGCAGGAAACGGGUGGCUCCUGGCCAGAGCUGCCACAGGCCCGUGGUGCCGACAGGCUGCUGGAGGAGGCAGGGCAGAGGGAAACCCCGGGGCCUCGGGACAAGCCACCCCGUGUCCCCGAGGAGGAGCCCCCGCCCUGCCAGGAGUCAGGGGAAUCUGCAACAGGAGACCUGGGAGAUGUCAGCAGAUGAAAGCACCUGAGGCUGGUGCCCCAGACGAGGCCCUUCCCCAGGAGCAGGUACGGAGCGGUGGUUCUUCCCACUCCCAGGAGCAGGAGGCACCGCUCCUCAGUGGAGAAAUCUCUCUGCUGCAACAUUUUGAUGGGGUCAGUGGUCCAACAGAUCAGCUAUUCUUGUUCUCCCGGUGCCCCUGGAAGAAUUUAACGUGCCCUAGAGAAGACUGACCUUGUAUUUCCCUUCCCCCGUCCUUAACAUACGGAUGCUGAUUAGGGCUGUGCAAAGCUUCGGUAGCCGAUUUGAUUCAGAGGAGAUUCAGCCCGAUUUGGCGGCCGAAUCUCCGAAUCCAAAUACAAUCGAGAGACCCAUUACAAGCCCCACAUCGAUUCAAAGCCUCCGAAUUGAUUCGGAAAAGAUUCGGAGAUUCGGCAGGAAACAGACACUGAGAAGAGGGAGGGAGUAGAAAGACAGCUCUGAAGUUGACAUCUAGCUGGCCAGUGACUGUGACCUUUCUCUGCGAUCCCUUCCAGUCGCAGUGCUCUGGGGGAGGGACGUAGAAACAACAUAUAAGGCUGUGUGUGAACUCAUCCGUGCGCCUUUUGUGAGCUGUCCGGCGUCUAUCUGGGCUGCAGCAGCAGCAGCGUGUGAAGGGCUCUGGCUUGGUGGUAGGUAGUCUCUUGCCACCAAGUCCUAUCCAGUCCUUUCCUAUUUACCCUUGCCUGCAAUCCCCAUUGUUAUCCAUUCCUUUCACCUUAUUCUUCCCCCAACAUCCUCUUAUUUGUUCUCGUUAGCCUGCCUUUCUUUUUCCCCCCACAAAAAGAAAUCUGUGUUUUCUUUGACAGUGUGUUAUCAUCGCUGUGCAGGAAAGAUGUGGGCAGUGGAGUCCCGCAAGGCUCAGUCCUUGAACUGGUGCUAUUUAGUGUCUUCAUCAGUGACUUGGACAAGGGCAUAGAGAGCACCUUGUCCAAGUUUGCAGAUGAUACCAAAGUAUGGGGCAAAGUUAACACACCAGGCGGUAGGGAACAGAUCCAGGUGGGUCUGGACAGGUUGGAAAAAUGGGCAGAACAAAAUAGGAUGCAGUUCAACAAAAACAAGUACAAAGUCUGCACCUAGGCAAAAAGACCCACCAACACACUUCCAGGCUGGCGGGGGGGUGACCUUCUCAGCAGCACAGCAGCGGAAAGGGAUCUCGGAGUCAUAGUUGACUCCAAGAUGAACAUGAGUUGUCAAUGUGAUGAACUGACCAACAAGGCUAACCGCACUUUAUCAUGCAUGAACAGAUGCAUGAUGAACAGGUCCAGGGACGCGAUGCUUCCCCUCUAUGCGGCACUGGUCAGGCCGCAGUUGGAGUAAGGCAUGCAGUUCUGGGCGCCGCACUUCAAGAGAGAUGCGGGGAAUCUUGAGCGGGUUCAGAGGAUGCCACUCGUACAGUUAGAGGCCUGCAGGCAAGGCCCUGUGAAGAGAGACUGAGGGACCUAGAUCUUUUCAGCCUUCGCAAGGCAAGCCGAUGAACUUCACUUCAUCAACCUCCUAGAUACAGAAACUUAUGGACUCAAUAUAGACAUUAUGACACUAUAACCUGCCCGACAUCUGACUCCUCAGGUGCCUCUUCACUUUUACCUGCUGUGUCUCACCCCCGAUGCCUCAAUUUACAUUUUUCCUGACUGGCUUUCUUGCCUGGAGACCAGCCUCUGGCUCCUUACUACCCAUUCCAUCCAGGAAGAGCACACACCAACUACAGAUGCUUCCUCGACCUGGCAAAGCGUUUUUAAACCCAAAAGUUUGCCAAGAUAUAUUUCUUCAACUAUUCAGUUGGUCUAAUAAAAGAUAUCACAUCUACUCAAAGAAGCUUGCGUGCCCGUUCGUUAGACCAACACGGCUACAACCAGAAACACAGUUAACACACAAAUGACGAGAGUUUUGCUUUCAACAGUUUGAGGUGCACUUACACAGAAGCCCCUGCACCUAUCUCCUUAAAACCUGGCAGGCUUCAUGCCCUCAGAAGGGGCUACCAUCCAUGCUGUUUUCUUUCAAAUCGGCAAAAAAAAGACAGUUAUAAGUAUUUAGUGAUUCCCUGUUACAGCCUAUGGUCGAAUCGAAUCAGGACAGUGACUCGAAUCACCAAAUCGAAUCAUUGUCCCCUGAAUCGGCCAAAUCCAAAUUGAAUACUUGCUGCUUCACACAGGCCAAAUGCUGACACCGCCCCAACAUGCAUGGUGUUUCUUUCCCAGGGAGCAGUGUCUCCACAGGCUCUGACAUGGUGCUGUGAUCAUCACCCCAUGCUGGGACAGAGUUAUUCAGGCUCAUCUCCAGCCUCGUAUCUAUGGAGGUCUAUUAGCAGGAUCCAGGGGAGACACGUUAGGGGUGCACAUGGGUGCACCCGCUGAGCAUGGCAGUGCACCCCCUACAAAAAGGCACCCCGCACACUGUCGGCAGCACCUGCGGGCAGUCGCCACUUGCCACCCUGCUGCCAGCACCGCCGGCAGCAUCUGCGGGCGGUCCACAAUCCCUGCUGGACGCUGCCAGCGGCGGCUGCAGGUGGUCGCUGACCCUUGGUCAGUGCUUGCCACCCCUGCCACCAACAGUGCCGGUGGUGGCUGCAGGAGCUCCCACGUGUACCACCACCAUGUUCCUGCCGCCACUCUCCCACCACCGCCGUGCCCCCACAGCCGCCAGGGGCACGAGUCUUUCAUGGAAGGAUCUGUGGGAUUUUGAAUCUUCCUUCCACACACUGAAGCCUCCAUCUGCCUUAGUCCCAGGCCAGUACAGGAGACGAGCAGGGUUUCCCCGUGCCAGCAGCACCAAGGCUCACCUGUGCCUUCUCUUCCCCACCGCACAGGUGCUGGGGGCCUGCGCAGAGCUGAGCAGAAGCCUGGAGAAGAGCCUGUAACCCUGGAGCUGCACAGGACUUCCCCAGGGAGGCUGGAGGAGAGGGGCUCCCUGACACCUGAGCAAGGCCAAGUGCAAAGGGGGCACAGCAGGCCUCCAAAGCCAGGGGAGAGCUUGUAGUAAAUAUUUUGGGGAGCAGAGACUGGAAGAGUGACAAGAUGGCAUUAGCAGGAGCUCUCUCCCAAGGGCAGGUAGCCAAGGGUGCUGGCACAGGAAGGCCUGAUCAACAUGCAUGUAGCUGGGGCUCCCUACCUCUAAAAGUGCUGCCCAGGCUGCCUCAAGGGGCCAAGCAAAUGGAACAUGAUGACCCGGGCUAAGGCCAACAAAUGAACUCCUAUGUCCACUGCAUCUACAUUGCAUGUCAGCUGAAGAAUGGGGCAUUUUGCACCCCGAUCUGUCAUGCUUAAGCUUGCAGUUAGUUGCAGUGCUGAGUAAUUGCAGACAGGGCUGUGGGGGCUGGAAGCAGCUGAAACAGGAGAGCGUGAUGGUGCAACGCUUGUGACUGCAGCUCUGGGAGCUGUUUGAGGACGUGGCUGUGUACUUCACACGGAAGGAGUGGGAGCUGCUGGAAGACAAAGACGAGAUGCUUUACCAGGACCAGAUGCUGAAGAAUUACCAAGCCCUCCUUUCCCUGGGUAAAGCGCUGGUUCUUGCUUCUCCCUGGAGCUACGUGGACUCAGAUGUUUUGUAGUCAUGUCCCUGUGUUUCAACAGUCUCAUCCUUGUGAAUCUUUGGCUGGUGGUUUAAAUCAGCUUCCUCCCCGCUGAUCUGUCAGUGAUCAGACCUCUCUUCAUUUCAUAUUGAUAGAUCCUCCUUCAUUUGAUCCACUUGCCUUCACUUGAUUCUCCCCCAUUUCUGAAGUCCUGGUGUUUCCGUAGUCAGCAGUUUCUGGGCAGCAUGAUCUCCCUUCGCCUUCUCAGCACAUGUAUUUACUAACAGAUCUUCUUUGGGAAAUAAUUCUGAUUUCCUCCCUCUCUUGCCUAGCAUGUCGUGUCCAAACACAUUUUCAAAUUAUAGCGUGUUGAGUUCUGUGAUAGCUAAAUGCCCUUUCUCCUCCUUUGGUUAUGACCCAGCAGAAGUUAACAGAAGUCUUAUCAGCUUCUGCUGCUACAACACAUGUAUGAUGCAUUUCCUCAUCAUCUUCUCUAGUGACAUGUACACAUGGACCCCAGGUACUUCUACCAAGGCCUCACUGGAAGCUUCUGUCCACACUUCCUCCUAACAUCUUCAUCUUCGCAGACCAGAGACUCUGGCUUUGCUAUAUUUAUGUUAAGACCAGUACUUUCAAGCUCACUCUGCCAUUCUCAAAACUUUUCCCGUCCUCUUCGUAAAGCCCCUCUACAGAUCUGAUGCCUAUCACUGUGAUAAAAAGACGUGAGCUCAAUGCAGGGCCUAGUGAAAACCAGUUUUCCUUUCCAGAGGAUCUCUAAUACAGGGGCUUCUUCUGGUUUGUGCACAGGGUUGAAAUACUUACCUUUUACUAGGUCACUUUGCUUUUCUGGUGCUUUUUUUGCCCUCAUUUUUCCAAAAGGAUUUCCUUAGGGUAGUGGUUCUCAACCUUUUUUGUACCAGGACCCACUUGUAAACUUCAGUGGCCAGUCCCAACCCAGUAAAUCGUUUAAUUAGAAAACACCUAGGGCACAUAGACAUUUGUGGGGAGCCUGCUUUGAUGCACUGGAAAUCUAGCAAGUCACGUGCGUCAGCAAUGCAGCGUGUCUCCGUGCUGAGAAAGUGGCAGCUGUGCACUUUGGAAUAGAAGACAAGGUUCUUUGGGUGAAUCUGAUAUCUUUUAUUAGACCAACUUAAGUAGUUGGAAAACAAUUUUUAAGCAAGCUUUCGUGUUCAAACCAAAGAACCGUGUCUGCCUAUGUCCUUAGACCGAUACAGCUACUACCUACACCCCUUUGACAUAGAACACAUUCAUAGAUUUCAUAGAGCUGCGCUUCUCUGCAAAGUACCCUGCCACCAGUUUCUCAGCAUGGGGAUGCACUGCACUGCUGAUGCACAUAAUUCAUAGAUUGUCAGGGGCUGGAAGGGACCUUGUAGAUCAUCGGGUCCCGUCCCCCUGCACUAGGCAGGAAAAGACAGCCGGGGUCAAGUGACCCCAGCAAGGUGACUCCAGUCUCCUUUUGAAGAUUUCCAGGGUGGGUGACUGCACCACCACUGCAGGGAGUUUAUUCCAGUCUGCACACCCUGACUGUAAAGGAGUUUUUCCUGGAAUUGAGCCUGAAGCGGCUUUCCAGGAGUUUAUAUCCAUUGGUCCUGGUCUUCCCCAGGGGUGCCCUGGUGAACAGGUGUUCGCCGAGUUCUUGAUGUAGCGGUAAGCCACUACCAAGUCCCAUCUCAGCCUUCUCUUUUGUAGGCUAGAGAGGCCCAAGUCCUUCAGCCUCUCCUCAUAUGGCUUGUCUUGCAAGUCACAGAUUAUAUGUGUGGCCCUCCUCUGGACCCUCUCAAGUUUUUCCACGUCCUUGUUGACGUGCGGCACCCAGAACUGGACACAGUACUCGAGCCUCGAUCUCACCCGUGCAGAGUACGGUGGGAGGAUCACUUCCUCAGUUUUGCAUGAGAUGCAGCAGUUGAUGCAUGCCAGCGUGUUGUUUGCCCUGCUGACCACAGCAUCGCGCUGCCGGCUCACGUUCACACGAUGGUCAAUCACUUCCCCUCGGUCCCUUUCAGCCACGGUGCAAGUCAAAUUGUUGCCUCCGAGCCUGUAGGCAUGUUGGGGAUUGUUUGUCCCCAGAUGGAGCACCUUACGCUUCUGAGUGUUGAACUUCAUCUGGUUCUGGCCCUCCCAACUCUCCACCUGGCCAGGUCUACCUGUAUCUGCAACCUGUCUUCUGGCAUGACCGCGCUCCCCCAUAACUUGGUGUCAUCUGCGAACUUGGCCAGUGAGCUUUUCACCCCCACAUCAAAAUCAUUGCUAAAGAUGUUGAAAAGCAUCAGUCCAAGCACGGACCCCUGAGGGACGCCCACCCACUGAACUGUUGAGCAAUUAAGCUCACAAUCUUCCAAUUUUUUCCACAAGGAUAUUGUAGGAUACUAGAUCAAAAGCCUUUUGGAAGUCUGCGUAUAUAAUGUCGACCUUCUCUCUCGUGUCCAGGUGGCAAGAGACCUGUUCGUAGAAGGAGAUGAGAUUAGUAAGACAAGACCUGCCUGAGACGAAGCCAUGCUGGCUGUUGUUCAGAAGCUUACCCUCAACGAGCAUAUUGCAUAUAGAUUCUUUAAUGAGUUUUCUGAGGAUCAGCAGGCGCUUUUAAUUAGCACGGCUCCCUAAUUAAAAGUACCCAGCACUGUGUCAGGAGCACAUGUAAAAAUUUCCACAAGUAUUUUGCUCCCAAAAUACUUGAUAUACAGUACAAGUUAAAGCAACUCAACAGUUUUAAUUUUCAAGACAGAAAUCAACAACAAGAGGAAAACAUUAAAUUACUCCCCAAGUGACAUUCAUCUUAGAUUUCAUAGACGUUAGGCCUGGAAGGGACCUCGGAAGAUCAUCGAGUCCAGCCCCCUGCCCCAGGGCCAGGAAGUCAGCUGGGGUCAUAGGAUCCCAGCAAGAUAAACAUCCAGUUUCAUCUUGAAGGUGUUCAAUGAAGGCGCUUGAACCACCUCCGGCGGCAGGCUGUUCCAGACCUUGGGGGCUCGGACAGUAAAGAAGUUCUUCCUUAUGUCCAGCCUGAAAUGGUCUUGCAGUAGUUUAUAACUGUUAGACCUCGUCAUCCCUUGGGGCGCUCUGGUGAAUAAACGUCCCCCAAAUCCUGGUGGUCACCCCUGAUAAACUUGUAGGUGGCCAUCAGAUCACCCCUGAGCCUGCGCUUUUCCAGGCUAAAGAGCCCCAGGGCUCUCAGCCUGUCGUCGUAGGGUCUGCUUCCCUGAGCUCUGAUCAUGCGCGUGGCUCUUCUCUGGACUCUCUCAAGCUUCUCCACAUCCUUUUUGAAUUGUGGAGCCCAAAACUGGACGCAGUACUCCAGCUGCGGCCUCACUAAGGCUGAGUACAGGGGGAGAAUGACGUCCCAGGAUUUGCUUGAGAAGCAUCUAUGGAUGCAAGCCAGCGUUUUGGUCGCUUUACUAGCCGCAGCAUCGCAUUGCAGGCUCAUGUUCAUCUUGUGGUCAAUCCUGACCCCCAAGUCCCUUUCAUCUGUAGGGCUAACUAGUGUAGCACUGCCGAGCCUAUAAGGAUGCUGCGGGUUUUUCCUCCCAAGGUGGAGAACUUUGCAUUUUUCGGUGUCAAACACCAUCAGGUUCUCGUCUGCCCAUUUCAUGAGCCUGUCCAGGUCACCCUGGAUCGCCCUCCUGUCCUCGGGUGUGGAUGCUUUACCCCAGAGUUUGGUGUCGUCGGUGAACUUGGCCAGUCUGCUUCUGACACCAAUGUCCACAUCAUUAAUGAAGAUGUUGAACAAUACAGGCCCAAGGACAAAUCCUUGCGGGGGGGACCCCACUGGUCACAGCGCACCAUGACGAUUGACUUCCAUCAACCACCACCCGCUGGGUCCAACCACAACACCAAUUCCUCAGCCAGCGGAUCGUGGCGGACCUGAGGCCACAGUUGGCCAGUUUUGCCAAGAGGUGAUCAUGGGAUACCAAACUGAAGGCUUUUUUGAAGUCAAGAUACAUGACAUCAAUCUCUUCUCCCUUGUCCAGGUGAUAGGUCACCUGGUCAUAAAAGGAAAUAAGAUUGGUCAAGCAAGACCUACCUGCAAUUUGCACGAUCCAAGUUGCCAGUGCCCCUCACUCCUCACUUGCAGCCCCCAGGCCCUGUCGGUGCCCUGGAAGGCUGCCAGCCUGCAAGGGGAAACCCAUGCUUUUGCGUUUUCUUCUGUGACUGUUUUCUCCUCUCAUAUUUUCUUGUGACCCACUUUUGAGUCAUGACCAGGGAUUCAGGUUUUCCAUUUCCUACGGAAAAACAGAGAAAACCACGGAUUUCCUGUUUUUAUCAGAGAAAAUAUGGAUUUUACCUUUUAGCAGAGAAACCCGCACGUUUCCCGAAUUUGCAAAGAGCUCUGCAGGCUGAUUGCAAAAGGGGCGGGAUCCCCCAACCUGCCCAGAGGGGGAGGGGGAAGGGGAGAGGGAAGGGGGGGCCCGAGGCUCGCGCUCACCCAAGGCUUGGAUCAGGCUCGCUGUUCGUUCCUGGAGCCUGCAAGGUAAGUGGGGUACAGGGGUUGCAGGGCAGGGCUGUCAGGGAAGCUGGCUGGGGGGCGGAAGCAGGGGCGAGGGCAGCAGUGCCCCUCUGUGGGCUGCACACGUGCCACCUGGCCAGACAGGAGGGGGGUUCACGCUGCGGCUGCCGCUGCCCCAUGCUGCUUCGCCUCAGCCAAGAAGGACAUGGUGGAUAAGCUCAAGAGGGCACAAAGAAGGGCCGCCCGCAUGGUCAAGGGCAUGGAGGAUAGGCCCUACGGGGAGAGACUCGGGGAACUGAGCCAGUUCAGUCUGAGUAAGAGAAGGCUGAGGUGUGACGUGAUAGCUGUCUGCAAGUACAUCGGGGUGAACACCCAGAUUUAGGUGAGCAACUCUUCGGGAAGGCACCUCCAAGGAGGAUGAGGGCCAAUGGACAUAAGCUUAUAGAAGGUGAAUCCAGGCUAGAUGCAAGGAAGAACUUCUCUGUAAGGGUCGCCGGAAUCGAACACGCUCCCAGCAGAGGUAGUGCGGUUACCAGCCGUGGAGGAGGCUGGACAGGCACCUUGUUGAGCUGGUCUGAGCCCGAUAACUUCCUGCCCUUGGCAGGGGACCGGACUUGAUGAUCUUAUGGGUCCCUUCCGGUUCUACAAUGCUGUUACUUUUGUGGCAUUGGUAUGCUCUGGGUGCGUGAGCAUGUAGCACUGAUUGUGUGACACGUGUGUUCUAGCGAAGGCAGAGCAAAGCCGUGGGCGCUUAGAGCUGGGAGCUAAUGCUCUCCUCACUCUGACUGAAGGGAGAUGCAAAGAGAAGGCAAACUCCCCACGGAAGUUGUUCUGCUCUUGGGCUUUCUCUCCUUUUCACUCUGUGCUCAUCUCCCUCCUCUUGCCCUGGGGCCGGGAAGGACUCCUGCAAGACAGUACAGGAAAAGGAAAAGGAAAAUCCAUCAUCAUAUGUCCAGACUGUGGCAUGCAGACACCAUACUGGCAGGGGUCUCUGCUAUGUCCAUCCAGCCCCUUGGGCACCCACACUCCCAGAUGCUUUUAAUCUCUGCAGGACCCCCCCCCCCCCAAUCCCAAGAAAGGAGGAGUCAUAGGGAAAGCAGGAGCUCAGAAAGGGAUUGGGGGUCCUUUUGGAAGCAAAGAAACAAACACACAAAAGGUAGCCCAGUCACUUCCCCAUGAUUACAUUUUUCCUCUUUUCCAAUGUGAUUCUUGAUCAGCUUUGAAAAGCACCUAAAACCUUGGGCUUUUUUCUCCUUGGAGUGAAGUAGAACAGAGGGAAGGCUCACUUUUACCUUUUCUUUUCUUCAGGACCUGGACAGAGAGCUUAUCUGCUCACACAUUGGUGGUUCAAUGGUAGCCUUCUUGCCUCCUAUGCAGGAGACCUGGGUUCAAUUCCCCGUCAAUAUAGAUGUCUUAGGUGAAUUACUUGCUUAUCUUAAAAACCUACAAUAAUCCUUGACAUAGAUGCCCACUUGUAACUUUCCCUCAUUUCUUGACUGAAAAAAAAAUAAAACAUCUUCUGUUUUAUGAUGCAUAUGCAGAUGUAUACACAACUAGCAGUUUUAAUAUUGUGUGGCACCUUAAAAAUAUAUCAUGGCACCCCAGAGUGCCCCAUCA